AUGAUGAUUGAUUUGAAGUCUGUCAACAGUAGUAGUCUAUUAUAUUACCUAGUCUACAUCCUUUUAGCGUGGAUUAUAUCCUGGUAUGCCAUCUACUUGAUUACCGGAUUUCAUCUAAGUUCAAUAUCAAUCAACAACGGUAUCUCAUUCAAUGGAGUCACAUUUAAAUCCAAGAGGAUGUGGGUCAAGAUACGAUGCUUAAGAUUUCGAUUGUGGGGUAACACCAAGAUGACUAUUAUUGAUGAUCUUGAGGUAAAACUAUAUCCUAAAUCCCAACCAAAGAAACAGAAAAAGAAAACCACAACAGCAAGAGACGAUGGUGAAUCCGUCUCACUAGAAAAUGACAUUUCUGUUUACCCAAACAAUUACUUUUUAAGACGUAUCGUGCAAUUCGUCAUACGACGUUUGCCAAGUUUAGAUCUUGAAAUGCGAAACACAACUAUACACUCAGCACUUGACUAUAAAACCACCAUCGACUAUGUUAAGUACAAUGCCAAAUCAAGAGACAGUUUAAGACACAAGGAUCGUCUCAAAUUCAGAACUAGCCUACUUGUCAAUAACGUAUUUCAUGAAAUCAAGACAAAGGAUGAUUUGUUGACCCCAUUCAAAUUAGGCAGCUUCAGAGUCGAAUUUAAAUUCCUGAUCGGUUAUAAAAGUGGAGUUAUUGGGGGAUUCAUUGGAAAGAUUAAUGUUUCUGAAAGUAAUUUCCUGAUGUUCAAUACUGCCAAAUAUUACAUUUUACACGACGAGUUGAAACAAGCAAACAAAGAUACACAUUUUUCUCAUGGCAUCAAACAAGGUGAAGUAGACAAUGAUUCUAAAGGGCAAGAUGCACAAGCCAAGCUAGAAAGGACUUUUCUGGUUAUACACAAGUUACUUUCAGAUGUCACCAUCCAUGUUGAAAAUUCAAAAGUUUCAGAGAUUCCAUUUGUGACCAUUCAAAACAAUGUAUCAAUUGCGGAAUAUUACAAUGAGGUCAAGCCAAAGACGUCAUUAGAAUUGGUGACAAAAUCAGUGUCAUUCAAUGUUUCACGAUUGUACGGUGAUGCUGCUGGAUUCGAAGUUUUGUUCAACCCAAAACAAGAUAACCCCUUCCAUUCUACCCUUUCAAUUCAGCUAUUCAAACUAUUUUUUGUCAAACGUGUUACCUUAAUGAGCGGAUCUUAUGGUCAAGAAACUGAUGAAAUAUUGAGUAUGCCCAAUUAUUCAUUUACCCACAAAACCAACAUACUAAGCCAAGUUGUUCAAGCUAAAGGUUUCAAAAAUUGUGUCAUGGAGAUUUUUUCAUCUGCCAGCUCACCUAUAUUCGAUGUAGACUCACGCCAAUUAAGUGCCAUCUUGUACAAUGUGGUGUUAUUCAAAAAAUGGUUAGCGUUGCGUAAAUUGCUUAAGAGAACAAAUGAUAGUACAGACGAUGGUACCAAUGAAAUUCCUCAAAAAGAGGAAGAACACAGUAAACGAGAGUCACUCAAGGCAAAACUUUGGAGGUAUGUAAAUGAAUACUACCCCAAAUUGGACAUUAAGUUUGUUGUUGAACAGCCACGCUUUAUCCUUCGAAACUUCGAUGAUAGUGAUCACACCCAAUUGUUGGAAUUUUCCUAUUCAUUACUGAAUUUCAAUUUAUCCACCACCCCGACUCGUGAUUACGCUUCCAAUUUGGAGGUAUUGUAUCCAAGUAUCAAAUACCUUUCCAAAGCAAACGUAAACGCAAACGCAACUGCACCUUCUUCGGAACCAGUUGAAAAGGAAAUUCUUGGUCUUAAGCUUGUUAACGUGAAGGUGGAUAUUUUCAAGAAUUUGACAGUUGCUUCCAUUCUUGAGUUACACGGUUUAUCAAUUCGAUUGACUAGUUUAGACAUCUUCAAAGGAGUUCACUGGCUCCUUCUGGAUAUGACAAAAUUAGCUGAAACUGAUCUCGAAAUUGGUGUAUUGAAUAAACAAUUCAAUGAGGAGCUUAACUAUUUAAAGACAAAAUUACGAAAGGAACUCAGAAAACACUCAAGCUUUAAAAAGGCCCCCCUGGCAAGUAUCAAAGACAAGAUCUUUCGUCACCUACCCUCAUGGCUUGCUCAAGUAGAGGUGAGAGCAACUGCUUGGGAUAUACUUAUUGGAUCACGUUCGGUCUUGAUACCUAAGGACGACUUGUUUAAAUCAGAUACUACCGAUUUACAAUAUGACACUGACGAGAGCAACGAGUUAAGAAGAGUGAAUAUCAGGUUCGACAAUUUCAAGGCUGGCAUUGUGAAUCAUGGAGCACAGAGGAUCGAUGAACAAACUCGACAUGAUUCAUCCUCUUCAUCCCUGGAUACCCUCGCUUCAUUUGAUCAGGUACCCGAGUAUUGGUCUGUUAGUAGUAGGCUUGAGAUGUUUCAAAUUCUUACGCCUGAUGACAUCAGUACCAAACGCUCAAAUACAGAGCCACUAGUUGAGAUUCCCACAUUUAAGUUUGGUGUGGAUUCUAUGAGUGAUUACCGUGGUCAUAAUCAAUUGAUAGUGCUGCUGAAUAUAGAUAAGUUGCAAGUAUACUACAAUAGGUAUAAAUUAUUCACGUUGAUUGGUUCAGUAUACUUGGUUCGAGAGUUUAUCGUUACUCCAAUCAAAAUGAUAAAGCUGAAAUUGAAGAAGGAUAUGGACAAGUUUGAGGAUCCAAUGAGCGACCCUCAAGAUCUGGCCUCAAAUGAACUGUUGCUAGAUUUUGUCCAAGCAACUUUUACCUUAGAAACACUGGAUAUCAUCUUACAAAUUGCCGAUGCUUACAAUCUCAAGAUCCAGUUAUCUGAUACACAUGUUGAGUUUGCAAAAAAAAUAGUUAAAUUUUCAUUGUUUUUCGUAAGAUGUCUUGCUGACUCACCGAGUGUGAAAGGGAAAUGGUGUCGUUUGCUUUGUCUCGACUCUUUAAGUUUAAAUGUUGAAAUUCCAAAGACGGUGGAUGAGUUGGAACUUGAUGUACACACAGAUGCAAUUCGAUUGAUUCAACCUCACAAAUUCAUAGUGUACGAAUUAUUUGACAAUUUGUCACUCACUGCAAAACUUUCAAAGCAUUUGAUAAAACUACUCAAGGCCGAUGACUCCAAGCAAGGUGCAAACAUUGUUCACCCUCAUGAAAUGAAACCCAUUGCGUUGCCAAAUUUGGCCAUUAAGUCAAACCAUUUAAAGUUUACAAUGGAAGACGAUCCUUUUGAAACAGAAUUGAAUAUGAUUUAUCAGUUGGGCAAAACUGAACAGAGAAAAAGAUUGGAAUUGUAUUCUCUAUUUGAAGCUAAGGAAGCUCAACUCUCUGAUGAUAAGAAUUAUUUCUCAAGGUUGGACAAGUUGCACACAACUAUUGCUGAAUCAUGGAUGAGAAAAGUCAAGAUUUAUCAACAGCAAUUGAGAGAUGAAGUUGUGGCACAUAAAGAUUAUCUUUUUGGUAAUGAGUGCCGUUUUGACUCAGAAUAUAAUAAGGAUGUGGUGGCCUACCCAUAUGAUGCCCCAUUGUUAACAAUUGGAAUGGAAGGGUUUAACCUCAACUUAACCAAGCCUGAUUUCGGUCUUGAUAAUAUUGCUGAUUUUAUUCACAAUGUGGGCCAGGGAGUUCCAAAAGAUACAAAGUAUUCAGUGAUGGUGCCAAUGUAUUUGGAUUUGAAAUUGGUUGAAAUGAGGAUGCAAUUGCGUGAUUACCCACUUCCUAUAUUGUACUCUCCCAGAAAUAAGAACACGGCCAAUGCGAGCUUGUUGUUACGGGGUGAUUUGGUCAUUAGUGAAAAGUAUGUCACUGACGAGAAAGAAAUAAGAAAACUAGAGGUUCCAUUGGUUGCCAGUCACAAGGAUGAAGCUAAUCCAUAUGAUUUGUUAACCAUUGAAAAAACACUUUCAAGUAUCAAGAUGUAUACCAAGUUGGCUUGUGACUUUAACUCGGACUACCCAACGAGAAUCGUUUGGGGAACCUCGUAUAACUUUGGUAUUCAACAAUUUAUGUUAAACUUCGAUCAAUUUUCGAAGCCACCGGUUGAUCCUUCACAAAAAUUAGGAUUCUGGGACAAGCUCAAGUACAUCCUUCAUGGAAGCUGCGUUAUUAAAACUAGAAAAAGUUUGGAAGUGGGCUUCAAAGGGUCAAGAGAUCCUUAUGAAUUGUUGUCCACCUCAAAUGGAUUCGUCCUUUCGUUCAAGAAGAAUGUAGUUUGGCAAAUUAACAAAGAUGACAAUUCGAGAAACUUUUUCGAUAUCACUUCGGAUAAAGUAUCAUGGUAUAUUCCCAACUACUUGGCAACUCCAUUGUUAGCCUGGACUCGAAGUAGUAUUGACUCAGUCUACCUCCCAGAUUCGCCACAUUUCAUCAGCACUUGCUUUGGUUACUAUCUUGAGGACUCUGCCACAAAGCCUGACUUUAAUUUGCUUAACAAAGUGUUCGGCAAGAAUGUUAUUAGCUUGAGUGGGGGAAUCGAGUUCCAUGUUGGGUUCUUACUUCAACGCAAAGUUAAUGGUAAAAGAGUCGAAGAUUUUAAACCGCAUUAUAACGUACACCUAAUGAAUCCAAAAUAUUGUGAAGACGGACAUGAUUCCUACGCAGGCUUUAGAAGUGGAUAUGUGCAUAUGGCAAUAUCUUUAGUGGCUGAUCGAGACAAAAGUUACAACACUAUUCAUCUAACUCCAGGAGCUUUCAACCAAUUCUUUGCAUGGUGGAAGUUGUUUUCAAGCAACAUGAUGUUGCCAAUUAGAAGAGGAUCAUUGUUUGGUGAGACCAAAAAAUCAGUUAAAUUUUCCGAACAUUUGUUUACGAACAAGUUUUCAUUCUUUUUGAAAUCACUAUUCAUUUCACAUAUGUACCGAGAUGAGGUUAUUGACAUUGAUGAUGAUAGGAUUGAGUGCGUUGGGUUAAGGGCAAGAGUCGACGAGUUUUCAGUUGACUUGCAUCAACGAAAACAACCGGUGACUCUAUAUCAUGAAGAGCUUUCUAAAAGUACCAAAGUCAUGAAGAUGAAUUUCAACAUUGGUGAGGUGACCCUUUCAAAUAUAGAUUUGCGUGUGGUGCAUUCAAGCUUCUCGCAGAACUUAUAUCAAGGCUCAAACAAAGACUACAACGAUAAGGAGUCUACGUAUAACAUUUAUGGAGGCGAUAAGGUCUGGUUUGACAUCCAAGACUAUGAAGAAGCAUUUUUACCUUCAUUGAAGUAUUGCCCAAGAAAAGUUGAGAUCCAUCCGCUUAUGUUUUCCCAAAGAUUUUCCUACGAAAGAGAUACCGAGAAUGAUGCCGGUAAGAAUCAAGACGACGACCAGUUUGGUAAUGAGGAUAUCCACGAUUGUCGUAUUCACGCCAACAAUGAAUCUGAUCUGAGAGUUGCCUUGUUGGAAAGCAGACAAAAAGCACUCAAUCAACAGAUUACAAAGGUACGCAAUAAGGGAGCUUCCACCAAAGAGUUGGAAGAGCGAGCUACAUUUGUGAAGCGCAUGCUUGAUCGUGCAAAGAGUGGUGCACCUGCUAACCAAAGACAAAAUUCGAUAGUAUCUAUCGAAAAGGAAGAGCAUUUUCAUAAUAAAUUCACUUGGCUGAGUAUGCUGUUGAAAUGGAAUAGAACUUGUCGUGAUAAUGUUAUGAGAUACAUUCAUUUUGUUCAAUUGAAAGCAGCCAUGAAGAAAUAUUUGUCACAUGAGUCAAUUUCCACACUUGAGAAAUUCAUCGAGGAAAAUGACUAUGGCUCUGACAUAGGAUCUAUGUCAUCGUCAGCCCGGACUUAUGAUCAAUUUGUGGGUAAUGGCGAAGAAGACCUAAAGGUCAAAUCAAGAUCUGCAGAACUCACCUCAAACGAAAGGCUCAACAAUUUUACCAAAAUUUUGAAGGAGCUAAAGGGUAAUGAGUCCUUAUCUGAAGACUACUUGAUCGACAUAGUAUCACCUCAAAUUCAACUUCAGAGUGACGAAUCUCCAGACUCGGUUGUCAUCGUAUCGACGCCGUCCAUUAGUGGAAAGAUUGUAUCUGUAUUGAACUCACGCGAUUCAGCAAGUCCCGAAGUCUUGGAGAAAAGAUUUGGUGUAGUUUUACAAGAUGCAAGUGUUUUCGUUUUGAACAAAAAAGAUGUAUUGGGUGGAGAUUUAAUGAUAAUUACUGACAAUCCAUAUGGCGCAAAAGCAAAUUGGCCGCCAUGGCUCGGUCCAGAAAUCACUCAAAAGGGUAAAUGGGCAGGUGAAAAUCAACUACUUAUACAGAAUUUGUCUGUCAUGGUUUUGUUUUAUGAAACGGAAAUAAUGAGUAGCAAAUUGUCAAAGAAUGCAGAUAACGCUUCAGUUACAGAAGAAGAUCUCCAUUCAACUACACUGUUGGAAGCACCGAAAAGAUUGCGUAUUGAUAUGCCUUCGGUUGUUUUGACAUCUACGAGCUCACAGUAUUUUGCUUUGUAUGUCAUAAUUAUCAAUCUUUUGUUUUACAGUGAACCUAUGAGCAAAGCUAUUGCGGAGAAGAUUGAAAAGAUGAAAUUUUCAAUUGAUUUUGACAACUUACCGGCUGUAGCAGAUAAAUUGAAAGGAUUACAACUGUAUUACCGUAUUUUGAAGUUGUUGAAUGCAAACUACAGCUUUAGAAAGGGACAUAUGUGUAAUGAGGAUUUGAACAACUAUUUGCAAUUGAAUUUGGAAACAGGCGAUAUUGCCAGUGAGAUUUACCUAUUGUUGAGGACUUUGCUCACUGGUGACUUUUUCAGUGAUACUUCAAACUAUCCACAAAUAUCAUGGUUGAUCAAAGCUGAUGAGAUCAUUUUGCAUAUUUUAGAGGAUGAUCGAACACCUAUUGUGGAUGUUGCUCUUGCCAAUGGAGUUUACAAGAGAAAAGAGCUUGAAAGUGGGUCCAAUUUGAAUCAAAUCCAAAUUCAAAUGUUGCAAGGAUUCAAUCUUAUCAAGAACGCAAGAUAUCCUGAUUUUAUUGGCCCAUUCAAUCUAAAGCAACACCCAUCCGAAAACUUGAUAGAUUUGCAAUGGACUAUGAAUAGAUCAGUUGGUGGAAUCAAGAUUGUUGAAAAUUUACAAGUGAAUUCUCUACCGUUAAAUAUUAAAGUUGAUGAAAUAACUGGUGAGAAACUUAUGAAUUUCAUAUUCCAAACUGAUGCAGCUGACAUUAAAGAGAGCAAAGUAAUUGAAAUGGCUAAUAAUACUGAAGCCAAAGAGAAGGAGCUUGAAAAUCCUUCUGAUCAGGAUCAAUAUGGCUUAGUAGAGGAGACCGAGGGAGCAAACAAGAGUGCUAGGCUUGACAGACAACUACAAGAAAGAAGUAUGACUAGCUCGAAACUGAAUAAGCGCGGCUUGACUCGUCUUUCUGGAAAAAGUUUUUUCAGCAGGAAGAGUAAUGAUGAUGAGGAAGAGGAGGAAGAUGCCGAACAAGUUAAUAAAAUGAUUGAACGAUCAAAACAAUAUUUUUCAAUCAUUUCCCUCACGGUCAAAGCAAUCACCUUACGGAUCACAAUCAAGUUAAACAAGGGAUACAAGAGAUUGUUAAAUGUUCACGAUUUCAGAGUUGAUUUGCCUGAAUUGAUCAUCAAGAAUCGUAUUCUUUCGUUUAUUGAUUUGACCGAAAUUGUCAAGAAAUUGAUCUUGAAAAGCCUUUGGAGCCACACUGGCCGAUUACUAGCCAACAAAUUAAGUUCUAAUGAUAAUUCGCUGGAUAUGUUGACCAAUGAACGAUUGAAGUCGGUUAAAACGUACAACAAAUUUAUCCCAAUUCGUGAACUAACUGUUGUUAAAACUAAAGAGUAG